AUGAAAUGCGUUAGAUAUGUACACAAUCAACCUAUCUACCUAUCCCUAUCCCUCUUUCUAUCACUAUUGAUUCUUUUCUUUCUCGUGCGCGCGCACGCGUUCCAUCCAUCUGAGUCUGUUUCAUAUCUAUCUAUCUAUCUAUCUAUCUAUCUAUCUAUCUAUCUCAGUAUGCUCAUAUCUAUCUAUCUAUCUAUCUAUCUAUCUAUCUCAGUAUGCUCAUAUCUAUCUAUCUAUCUAUCUAUCUAUCUACAGUCAACGACGAAAUUAUUCUCUAUUUAUCUAUCUAUCUAUCCAUCUCCGCCUCAUCAUUAUCUAUCUAUCUAUCUGAGCCUAUCUAUCUAUCUCCGUUCGUUCAUUAUCUCCACCCAUUCCUUAUCUAUCUAUCUAUCUAUCUAUCCGAGUCUGUUCGUAUCUAUCUAUCUAUCUAUCUAUCUAUCUAUCUAUCUAUCUGAAUCUAUCUAUCUAUCUAUCUAUCUAUCUAUCUAUCUAUCUAUCUAUCUAUCUAUCUAUCUAUCUAUCUAUAUCACUAAUGUAUGUCUCUAUAUGUAUGCACGCGUGUUCGUAUCUAUUUUAGAUUAUACAUCUAUGCACAUAUCUUUUGUUGAAGUUGUUGAAGAAAGGUGA